AUGGAUAACAUAGAGUAUUGUAUUCGACCUCGUAUCAAGAACCAACUAUGGUAUGAUGAGAUGAAUAUUGCACUGAAAUUGUAUAAAGAUAAGAUGAUUCAACAUAUAGGUUCUCUGGAUCAUGGAAAAGACCUAAGGGAUUUUGAAUCCAUGCAAGAAACAAUUGGUGAAUAUGGUAUGAAAUUAGCUGGAGAUUGGCCUCCAUCAGUUCAGAAAAAUCUAUAUGCACUUUGGACUUUGGGUGCAAGGCUUUAUGUACGCCUUGGACACAAAAAGCAGUUACAAAAAGUUGUGGAGACUCAAGUUGUCCAGAGACAAUAUAUUGAAUCAGUUCAUAACUUGCCUAGCAAUAGCAGUAUUGAAAAAGUCUACAGAGAUUGGAUACACAACAAAUUGAGAUCUCAUUCAGCUACAAUUUUGGAAUAUAUUGACUCCUUGCAGGAUGAGAGCACUAAGAUUGAAUUCCAAUCAGUGGAAUGGGAUGUGAAGCCCUAUGGCAUGAACUUUAAUCUUUUUUCGCAUUCAACUGAGGCAAUCAAGGUUAUUCAAUUUUGGGCAAGACACGUUCAUGUGUUCUUGAAAAUGAAGAGAUUGGGGGAGACUGUUGAAUUACAAAAAACUGUGGAAAAAUUAGUCAGGAGAAGUUUUGAGGAGACAAGUAGAAUCAUGGCAGUUUUCCUUGAAGAAAAAGAUGGAACCACUUUCACCUAUGAAAGACCUGUCCUCUAUGAGUUUUUGAAAUAUUUCAAUGCUCAAAAUCAUCUAAUGAAUGAAGGAAUCCAAAAGGUUCUUGUGGAAUAUGAAAACAAAGUCAAGUUUGAAAGAUUAAAGAGACUAAACACAAAAGAUCAGAUCUGCUGA